AGUUCCAUAUAUCUCUCAAAAUCUUCUCCAAUUUCAAAAGAAAAAACAAACCCGGCCCCUUAUUAUAUCUCUUCUUCCUAGUCUUUCUGAUCUGACCACCUUAAGAAUUCCAAAACUGUCUUCCUUUUUGUUUCUUUAGUUUUCUUUCCACUCUCUGAUCUCCUCUUUUAAACCCCAAAAGAAAAAGAUAAGAUUUUUAUCCAAAAAUGAGGUCCACUAAUGUACUAGCUUCUCUUCUCCUUAUCUUCUCCUUCCUCUCUAAUCAAGCUCAAGGUAUUCGCUUGGGGAAUGGGAUAAUUAAGCCAAUUGGGCAGCUUGAAAAAUCCCUUGCAGAGGAAAGUCCACUGAUAGAAGAAGGUUUUGGGAAGAUUUUUACUCUCUGCAGAAAAGGGCAGUGUAAUUCAGGAAACAUUAGAAAACUUCUGACUGCGACUUCUCCAUCAUCUUCAACCCCUUCCAUAACAAGGAAUAAUGAGGAAGGAGAAAACUUUAAAAGGGGCAGUCCCAUAUCAAAGAAAGAGGAGCUGAGUGUGAAAGAUAAGAAGGAAUUGGACAAUUCAGAGGCAGUUUCUGAGAAUCUUGAGGCAGGCCAAGAGCAUUAUCCAGACCUCGUAGACAUUGCAGAGAUGGACUAUUCUCCAGCAAAGAGAAAGCCUCCAAUACAUAACUGAUCCCAAAAGAAGAGACAAACAAGAAGAAAACAAAACAAACAAACAAAAAAUGGGGAGCAAAAAACAGUAAAAAUAAAUAAAUAAUAAUAAUAAUAAAGAGAAAAGUAAGUUUGUAGGGUAAUAUUCAACAAUGGGAAGAGAAAAAAAGAGGUAUAAAAAGACAGCGUUACAGAAAUGCUGCAGGUUUUUUAGGGUUUAGGGAACUGUCCUUUGUA